AUGUCUGGAUCCUUUUGGAAGUUCUCCAACGGCUUCACAUCGCUUUCAAACAUCUCAACCAUCCUAGAAAACCACACCAUCAACAAUGAGCUGGGCGAUUCACUGUACCUGAAUCUGUACAAUGUGCUCCUCAAGUUGAUUGAUGAAAACGAUUUGUUGCAAGAGUUGCUUCUGAACAAUCCCAUGCUCUUAGAGUUUUUACGUGAAGGAAACGUCCUUGCCAUGUUGGUAGACAUGGUCACGACUGAAGGUGCUUUACAGGCAAAGCCGUCUGAAAAAGAAGAAAAACCAGCAGACGAAAAAAUUAAGGAGAAUAAAGACACCAAAGAAGAUGAUGUUGAUGAUAACGACAAAUCUAAUGAUGAAGAAGCAGAAGAGGAAGAGGAAGGAGAAGCAGAGGAAGAGGAAGAGGAAGAUGAGGAUGAAGAAGAAGAUGAGGCUGACGAAACAGACGAAGAAAGAGCUACACGCCGUGCUACUAUUGCGGCAGAAAUCUUAUCGGCCGACGUGUGGUCACUUACAGACACCGUGAUGGAAUCGACGAUCAAUUUGAACAAGUUGUGGUCUAUUUUGGACUCGAAAUCGCUGCUCUCCAUAAACUUGUCCACUUAUUUCAUGAAGAUCAUGGAGCAUUUGUUGGACAUGAAGUGUGAUGAAAUGAUCACCUACCUCAUUGAGAACCAACCUAAUUUGGUGGGCAAGUUUAUGAACCAUUUGUCCAACCCUCCGCUUAUGGACUUCCUUUUGAAGUUGAUUUCCACCGACAAGCCAGAUAAUUCGACUGGAAUAAUAGACUAUCUCCAAAAUCAGAGCUUAAUAUCACACCUCAUCUCUGCAUUGGACAUUUCGGAAGAGGCUAACGUUGAAGAAGCCGACAAUGACAGCUUAUUAGUCAAGCAGUCUUCAGCAGCAGACUUCCUAAAGGCUCUUAUCACCAUAUCUGCUAAUUCCACUACAGACAAUUCAACCAUUGGCCCCAAUGAGUUGACCAGAGAAUUGGUUUCUUACGAGCAGAUGUGCCACUUAUGUGACAUCAUGUUAAAAGGAGGCUACGCCUUGGCCAAUGGUGUCGGAAUCAUCAUAGAAAUCAUUAGAAAGAACAACUCGGAUUAUGAUAUCUUACCUGUUUUGUACAUUACCUUGGAUUCACAUCCUCCUACUGGAAGAGAUCCCAUCUACUUGGGCCAUUUACUCAAAGUAUUUGGCAGCAAGAUUGGGGAAUUCAAUCACUUGCUCUUGAAAAACGAUGUAGACAACAAAUUAAGAACCCCUUUUGGAGAAAUUGAGCCGUUGGGUUUUGAGAGAUUCAAGAUAUGUGAGUUGAUCGCUGAACUUUUACAUUGUUCUAACAUGGCAUUACUCAAUGACAACAAGGGCUUUAAUGUAGUCAAGGAAAGAGACAAUUUGAGAGAGAAGAUGAAGGAGUACGAUCCUGUCAGCUUCAAAUAUAACGAGAUUAUCGUACUUCCUGAGGAGAAGAAAGAAUCCAGUUCUAAUGAUGAUGACAAGGAAGAUAAGAAAACAAAUGAAGACGACUACGCUAAUGACACGAUAGAUUCGUUCAACUCGAAACUACGCAACGAAGAAGGAGAUUCCGUCUUGCAACAUCCUAAUGAAGAUGACGAAGAAGAACCACACGCAAAUGCCAAUCUCACCGAGGAGCAAAUAAGAGCCAAUCCAGUUGUGGGCGACUUUUUAAAGAUUGCGUUGUUUGAUACGCAAAUCAUUUCCAAUAUUUUGUCCAUGUUCUUCAAGUUCCCUUGGAACAACUUCUUGCACAACGUUGUUUUCGACAUCGUACAACAAGUAUUAAAUGGCUCGAUGGACAUCGGUUUUAAUAAGUUUUUGGCCAUAGAUUUGUUUCAUUUAGGAGACAUUACGAAUAAAAUUAUCGAAGGUCAAAAGUUGUGCACUGGCUACGAAGAGGACCACAAUGGUUUGAGAUUGGGAUUCAUGGGCCAUUUGACAUUGAUUGCAGAAGAAGUAGUCAAGUUCAUUCAGCUUUACCCUACGAACACCUUAAGCGAGUUGAUUGAUGCUAAAGUAGAAGACGAAGUAUGGGAAGACUAUGUUAGCAACGUCUUGUACGAUACCAGAGAGAAGUACAACGCUAUAUUGGGUGGUGGGGACGAAGAUGAAGACGACGACGACGACGUCAACAAUACCUUUGAUGAAGGCUUGGGUGAGAUUAUAGAAGAGGUCAAGACGGGAUUGGUUUUUGAUUCGAACGCUGAUGUCAGAGAUCGUUUAGACAGCGACGAAUCUGAGUCGGACGACGACGACCACUUCACCAGUUACAUGUCACAGCAAUUGACAAGUACAGCUUCUACAGAAAUAAUCUCAUCUUCAAUGGUCUCACAGACUAAAGAGAUCACAAGCAAAGAGCUCUUGGAUGCAGAUUUCGAAGACGCUGAUGAGUAUAUCGACCCAAACGAUGACGGUAUGUCGUACAAGAAAUCGCAUCCCUUGUACGAUUCUACGGGCUCUUCCAGCUCUUCGGACAAUGACGACGACCUUGGUUUGGACGAUGACCACCUUUCCUCAGAGAAAGACAGUAGCACCAAGUUGACCAGAUCCGCUAGCAAGGGACACUAG